UACUCUCAAGAAUGGGUUAGAAUUACAAACAAUUCAAAAUUAAAUGAAACUAUGAAAACUUAUGGACAUUUACAUCUGAGUCUAAAUUAUAAUUUUGGUUCAAAUCAUUUUAAACAAGAAGAUUUUGUAUCCAACAGGACUCCUAAUAGGAAUUUAUUGAAGUAUGGAGUAAUAUCUUCAUCAAAUUUACCAUUUAUAUCUUCUCCUUUAGAAAUAUCAUUGUUGAAAACUAAAGGUAUUAAAAUUAGUGAAUCAGUUGAAUUCAAAAGACAAAUAACAAAAAAUUCAAAACAUUGGUCACUUUUAGAAGAAGCUCAAGUAUUUCUUUAA